AUGCAUACGGCGGAAACGAAACGGCCGCUAGCUGCAGUCGGUUACAUCGGAGAAAGCAGGACGGUAGCUCAAGAUGAGACAGCUUUUUGCAUUGGAAGUAAAACCAACAGAGGCACCACAUACAGCAGAGAACAAAGUGAAGGGGGGUGUCCCCGGUCCGGAGGAGAUAAGUCCCGAGCUCCCACUCUGUGUCUGGUGUGCGGCUCCAUGUUGUGUUCUCAGAGUUACUGCUGUCAGACGGAGGUGGACGGAGAGGACGUAGGUGCCUGCACCGCCCACACCUUCACCUGUGGAGCCGGCCUUGGUCUCUUCCUCAGGGUAAGAGAAAGUCAGGUGCUGUUUGUAGCAGGUAAAACAAAGGGCUGCUUCUAUCCUCCUCCGUACCUGGACGACUACGGGGAGACGGACCAGGGCCUCAAGCGGGGGAACCCCCUCCACCUCUGCGUUGAGCGCUACAGGAAGAUUGAGCGUCUGUGGCGUCAGCACGGCAUCGCUGAGGUCAUAGGUCACGCUCAGGAGGCCAAUCAAACGCUGGUAGCCAUCGACUGGCAGCACCUGUGAUGAUUGGCUCCUCUCUGCGUUUGCCCCGCCCCUUUUCAGUUACUGCGCCGCAUGUUAACAAAUCAGCUUCCUGCAGCCCAGUGCUGACUUCAGAUCAGCGUUCAGGGAUUCUUUCAGGACUUUUGGUUUCGGUGUGAUAGAGGAUCUUUACCAUUGACAUCUCACCGUGUCUGUUUCCCUCCAGUACUCAGACUGUUCCCCCUUUAUUCUUGCUCACACAGACACACAUUUACGAACAUUUCUUUUUUAAAUAGUUUUUUAUUGAUUUUUUUCAAAUUUUCAUUUGUUUCAGAAAAUGAUCCGACAAAAUGAAAAAUCAUUACUUCAACUCAUUAACAUUGUACCAGAAUGAAGCCCCGCCCACCUGCUGCUGUCCCACACAGGUUGAUUGUCAGGUUAGGGUCUUUAAUCUUGAAUCCCGGAUUCAGAAAAUGCUUCAACCCCCAAGAUGCAUCUCAUCAACAAAGAGCUUUAAGAAGCUAAAGGUAACCCUUUGUAGAACCCUUCAGGAACAUUGCGGCCUUGUCUCCAUGGCAAUAUCAGCUGAGGCUCCUGGGUAUUGUUAGUAUUUACAAAAUAAGAACGGUGUAUGUGAAGGCUCUUAUUGUUAAAUCACCACGUCGUCUCUUAAGAAACGUGUAACCAUGGUUGCCACUGUGAUCAAUUACUGAUUGGUGAGUCAUACAUUUGUGUUUCCAUGGCCACACCCUCCCAGAAUUCAGUGCUGCUGCAUAACGGAAAUUGAAAAAGGAUUGUUCCUAUUCAUCGGUUCACAGCAAGCUGACCCUUUGUGGUCCACGGGUUUGUUUUGGUGAGCUGUGAUGUCCCUUCCUCUUUUUUUAUGAGUUUGCUGAAAUUUGAAGAGUCAAACACAAACUGAAAUCUUUCAUUUAUUUAUUUAUUUAUUUAUUAGUUUCUUAUAAAAAUCUGAUUUCCCUUUAAACUCUUGAGUUUGAAAUAUUUUCUUUUUUAUAAGUUUAAAUAAAAAGUGGCCUCAUCUUCCUUAUCUUCAUUUUUCAGACUUGUUAAUAUGUGAAUUAUUGUAUAAAUGAGUAAAUGUACAAUAUUGUAUAAGAAUAACAAAACCAUUAAACACUUUAAAAGGA